AUGCUCGCCCAAAAGCCCGCAAAGCGUCACUACGCGAUGCUGCAUUCACACAGGCCGGAACAGUCCGGCAGCGAGUUGCCAAAUCUUGCAGAAAUAAAUAGCGUGGGAUCCGAGAGGCGAAAGUCAGUGGACACAGCUGAAACCAACGAACCGGUAUCCAUCACGAAUGCCACUCAGUCUCUUGCGGGAAAUCAUAACCCGCCAGCGCCCACAUCAAUUGAUGAAACCUCAAAUAAUCCAUGGUCAUGGCUCUAUACACCGGAGCUACCAGAAGGCGACCGUCUCUGCGCGUUGAUCGAGGAAUACUUCGCGCAUAUUCACCCUUUGAGAUGCUUUGGCUUCGUUCAUAAGCCAUCGUUUAUGCAGCGCCUAGAUGAAGACGUGGGUUCGUUUCGCGACGAAGAGUCCCUACUUCAUAUCAUCUGUGCUCUUGGCGCAAAAUUUCUAGCUCUGAAUUAUUCAGGGCAACUACCCCCCGAAUCGAUCCUGUCCGCUGGGAAUCAGUGGGCGAAAAUCGCCAAGGCACGAAUAUUUAUGGACUUGGAUGAUCUUUCGAUUGAGAAACUAAUGACUGCAAUUCUUCUCUACGAUCAUGACCUCCGGAUCGGAAGCUAUGCGAGUGCUUUCAUGCUGAGCGGGAUGACCGCGAGAAUGUCACAGGCAUUGCAACUGAAUCUAGAAAGCUCCGCCGAUGUACUUUGCUCAAAGCCAGACUCAUCUCCAAUUGUCAAUGAAGCCCGACGUCGUCUGAUGUGGAGCUGCUAUGUCAUGGAUAGCUGGGUCGGCAGUGGCGUUAACCAGCUCACUUUGCUAGAAGACCGGGAUGUUAAAAUUCAGCUUCCCUGCCACAGCCACAACUUCAUAUUAGGGAUCCCAUGCAUCACUGAAACCCUGGAUGAAAGUAAGAUUUUGAAUUUCGUGUCAAGAGAUAUGGUCCCCACAGAUCCCUCUCAAAAUAUGGGCAUCGAAUCCUAUUUCAUUCGGCUUGUCAGCAGUCGAAAGAAAGUCUUGCGAUAUGUCAAGCACCUCGAUACUUCAGCGCCACCGUGGGAACACAACUCGGAAUUUCUUCAGCUGUCGGCAGAAUUCGAUACAUGGCGCCGCUCCCUUCCACAAAGCCUGAUGUGGAGCCCAGGCGCUAUUUACGCCCGUAAGGAAUCAGCUCAGCUCGGGGCCUUGACAUUACUAUGGUGCACAUUCCAUCAAACACUGGUUGACCUGUAUCGCAUCGGCAUGCCCACUCUGUUUCGCAUACAGAAGGAUAUCCAGUUUCCGCCCGAUCAGCAAGAAUUCCUUGACCAUUGCCGAAGGGCAUGCUUUGACAAUGCUCGCGAGGUGUCCAGCAUUCUUUCAGAGGCACUGCGACAUGGCACCAAGGUGCUUGCUGAUACUUGGCUGUGUAUCAUUGCUCAUGAUAGCACCAAGGUCAUGCUUUAUUUUUUAAAGCUGAACGAGCAUUCUACGCGCGGCUUGAGUAAACGAGAGGUCGAAGGAACAAUAUCCUUGGCGCAAAGGAAUCUUGAAGGGCUCCUACAAAUGAGACCUAUGGUCGCAACUGCCGAACACUGUUAUUUCUCUGUAAUCAAAAUGAUGAUUGCCUCAGGAAUCCAACCACAGAUCCCGCACAAUACAACAGCAACCUCGCACCCGCACGAUGAAACGAACAUGAUUCCCCCAGCACCAGGAUCCCCUAUACAGGGAUCACCAGAAAACGUCCUGAACCCACUCGCCAUCUAUCGCAUGGCCCGAACAGCCCUUCACGAAAAGGACAACCAAUGCUCCGCAUCAAAUUCCCCAUCUACUCAAACAACCGCAUCACCAACGACGGCACGUUCACGCCUAGGUCGUGCCAGAAACCGAAACCCAUCAAACAUGGGGACACCUCAAGCACUACUUCAAAGUCCAGAUCCGACCUUCCACGGCAUUCAAGGCCCCGGAAACUUUCAAAAUAUGGGGCAGUUGUACAUUCCUCAAACAAGAGAGGACCCAUCGUUAGCGAUGGGUAAUAUGGGACCUAUGGCAGCACCUGGUUUUGGGGGUACAUGGGAUCUCGCAGACCUAGCUGUGUUUGAUAUCCUGGAUGGCGGAAUCGCCGCGUGGACAGCGGAAUACUUGACAGAUGGACAAACUGGCGUGGACCCAUUCCUGUUUCCCUUUUAA